CUACAUUAAAUGGAUUCCAAAGGGUGGGGAAUACCCUUCUCCAAGCCAGGGUUGAAACGGCAUGCCGGGCAAACGGCUUUUAUUGCCUCUUAAGCUUCUGGGGAAAGGAGGAAAGAGUGCCUGAGCCUACUCCAAUCCAAGGCUAAAAGGAAGAGGGAUCUGUUCCGGAGUCACUGCAGAGCUGGGCUUGGUAUCGGUCUCAGAGCAGGAUUGACGGACCGGUUCCGACCGUAGCUCCCGCUUCCUCCACCCGCAGAUGGCCGUGGUGUGCCGGACUGGGCUGCUAUACUUCUGCCUAGCGUUUCUGCCGACGGGCGCACAGGAGCAGGCGAGGCAGGACCGCGGAGAAGAAACUGGAAGCGCGGCUCUCCCGAGCCCUCAGCAAUACGAGCAUUUGCAGAAGCAGCUCGGGGCCCUGCGGGGCCUUUCCCAGUGGUACUGGCACUUCCUGGCCUGCCAGCUGUGGCAGGGAGGCUGCGAGAGAGAGCAGGAAGGGAGGGCGCAGCGCGAGGAAGAGGAGGAAGGCAGCAGAGAACAUACAAAUGCUAUCUGCUCAUUGGUGGUCUACUUCUACAAUUGCUUCAUUGGGAGAAGAGGGCAGCUAGAGCUACCAUGCAGUAUAGGUUACUUUGGGCAAGUGAAUGUUUGUUUUUUCAUCAGGCACAAUGAAAAGGUAGUAGCCAACAGCAAGAUUGUAAAACAGUCUGAGGAUGGGGGACAAGGCAGAGUGUUUCUUCAAACCAAUUGCCUAGGAGCAACUCAAGUAUUUCUUUUCCCAAACUGGUGCUCUUAUCUUCUAGAGUGGAACUUGCCCAUCCUGACUGAGUUAGUCUCCACCUGGUACUGCAGCUUUGGCAGGUGCUGCACAACAGGAGACUGCAGAGUGACCGACAAUAUCACAGGUAGACUUUGCUUUAACACUGGUGGCAACAUCAUCACUACAGUGGCCUGGCAAGCUGGUCAAGCGAGAGGGGAAAUCACCAUGGACUAUUUAGAACAGUACCUGCGGAUAGACCUGCUGGAUGCCCCUGAGGCCCGCAACUGUCUUCUCCAGGAGAACCUCAUAGACUUUCUGGUACCUUUCCUGCCCUUGGAAUAUCACCAUGUGAAGCUCUGUGCUCAGGAUGCUUUUCUUGCUCAAGGUCUGAAGUUCACUGAAGAGGUGCUAGUUGAGGUUGCAAGGACGAUGGUGUUCGUUCCCAAGGAAAAUAAAUUAUUUUCUGCCCAAGGUUGCAAAUCAAUCUCCCAGCAUAUAAACUACUUCCUUCUUUGAAAGAGGAGGAUGGAGAAGAGUGCAAUUGAGCUUAUUCUCUUUUAUCUUCUACGAGGGCCGUAUACUUUGUUGUAUUUAUUGCAGUUUAACUAGUGCACUAUUCCCUACAUUCCCUAUAUUAUUGGGGUUGCCAGGCUAAAAAAGGUAAGAAAGCUCCAUUAUGGAGCUGGAAUCUGCAUGAGUGGUGCUGCUGAAAUAGUAAUAUAUUCAGAGUAUUUUUCCAAUACUGGAUAUAAAUGAUGCCUUUGGGCCACGUAUUCUUAUCCACUGUAUUGAGUGGGUUUUUAGACAUCUUGGGGAGAAGGCCCCCAUCUGCAAGAUGUGAGACAAACUUAAUUUUAUUUCCAAGUCUGAGAUGUUUGACCAUUACUUGUAUCAAGCAACGUCCUAGUCUGCAUUCUUAAUACAUGGUUGGACAAGGAACUAUCAUAUUCACUUGCAGUCAGUAAUCUAUAUCUUCUUCCACAAUCCUUGUGUUGGAAUAAGGUAUGAAGAUUUUGCCCCUUAUUAGAUACAUGGUGUCAAUUUUUGUUUAUAUCUAUAUUUAAUAUUAAUCAAGACAUGGGGAUAUUACUACAUGUACUUGUGCUGAAAAAAUGCAGCUAUUUGCACUUUCCAGAGUAUAUACUAUAUAUCAAAAGAUAAAUGUGCGUUUCUUUUUAUUGUAACUUUUACAAUAGCACAAAUGACAUCCAGUCCAGCACUGAAAUUGAGCAAUGAGGUUCCAGUCCUGUGAGAUAAGCACUCCUUGCAUAAGUCACUAUUUGUUGGUAUUGUACUUCUGUUGUCUUUGUAAAUUAAAAUGUGGAAGUAGA